AUGUCGACCGCUCAUUUCAGGAUAAAGGAACACACUUUACCAACCUCACACAUUCGGGAAUAUCCUAGAGGUACUGCAGGCGAUCAAGAGGUUGUCCUAAGCCUUGCCAUCAAGCAAUACACUCCUUUGGACUCAAAAUUCGAGGACGAAGGCGAUGUCACCAUUAUCGGAGCGCAUGCAAACGGAUUCCCCAAGGAAUUAUAUGAGCCCUUGUGGGACGACUUGUAUGAACGGCUGAAAGCUAAGAAUGUACGGAUACGCAGUGUCUGGAUUGCAGAUGUUUCAUACCAAGGCCAAUCAGGGGUGUUGAAUGAAAAUGAACUGGGCAAUGAUCCUUCAUGGAUGGACCACCCUCGAGAUCUAUUCCUGAUGGUGAAUCACUUUCGUAAGCAUAUGAAGCGCCCUAUCGUGGGCAUGGGACAUAGCAUGGGUGGCAACAACUUGAUCAACUUGUCCCUCAUGCACCCAAGGUUAUUCACUUCCUUCGUUUUCAUGGAUCCCGUUAUUCAGAAGGAAGCCACGCUUUCAGGAACCUUCAACGUCGCGAAAGCUUCUGCAGGUCGAAGAGACCGCUGGCCAAGUAGGGAAGCUGCAAAGGCAUCAUUCAAACGAUCAAAGUUCUACCAGACCUGGGAUCCACGAGUUCUCGACAGAUGGGUCGAGCAUGGUCUGCGCGAGCUGCCCACAGCCAUCUAUCCAGCCAUUCAGGCGUCUUCCAAUACGCUAUCGACCAUCUCUGCGGAUCCAACAACGGCAUCUGGUGUACCGGACAAGAAUUCCGAGACAGAAGUGACACUUAAGACGACGAAGCACCAAGAAGUUCUCAGCUUUGCUCGCGCAAAUUUCCCAACGGCAGAGUUUCCUUAUCCCAUCUCCGAGUCGAAUCCUUCAACGCAUCCGGACAUGCCGCUUUCAAAGAGCGCGAAGGCUCCUUUCUACAGGCCAGAACCAAUUACGACGUUCACAAAGUUGCCGUUCGUCAGACCAAACGUGUUAUAUCUAUUUGCCGACCAGUCAGACAUGUCCAUCCCAAGUAUGAAGGCGGACAAGAUGGCAGCGACUGGCGUUGGGGUUGGUGGWUCUGGAGGCGUAAAGCAGGGAAGGGUGGCUGAAGUAACGUUCAAAGGCGUUGGUCACUUGUUCCCCAUGGAGAUAACCUCUCAAGCCGCUGAAGCCGCUGCURAGUGGAUUGCGCCGGAGAUAGAGCGAUUCCGCAAGAUCGAAGAAGCUCACCGACAAGAGUGGAGUCAGGUGCCUAAAGAGCAGAAGAGCUUGAUGAGUGAGAAGUUCAAAGAGGUGAUGAUGGGAGACUGGAAACAGUAUCAAGUGGAAGCACCAAAGACAAAACUUUAA